GGCCACUUCAGAGCAGCCGCAGCAGCUGGUGGCGAAAUGGAGAUGCAGUCCUAUUAUGCCAAGCUCUUGGGGGAGCUGAAUGAACAGCGGAAGAGGGACUUUUUCUGUGACUGCAGCAUCAUCGUGGAAGGGCGCAUCUUCAAGGCUCACAGGAACAUCUUGUUUGCUAACAGCGGCUACUUCCGAGCCCUGCUCAUUCACUAUAUCCAGGACAGCGGGCGGCACAGCACUGCCUCCUUGGACAUCGUCACCUCCGACGCCUUCUCCACCAUCUUAGAUUUCCUUUAUUCCGGGAAGUUGGAUUUAUGUGGGGAGAAUGUGAUUGAAGUCAUGUCAGCUGCCAGCUACCUGCAGAUGAACGACGUGGUGAACUUCUGCAAGACAUAUAUCCGGUCAUCCCUUGAUAUUUGCCGAAAGAUGGAGAAGGAGGCCGCAGUGGCGGCAGCGGUGGCCGCGGCUGCGGCAGCGGCGGCAGCAGCUGCAGCAGCUCAUCAGGUCGACAGUGAGAGCCCCAGUUCAGGCAAGGAGGGGACCUCCUGUGGCACCAAGAGCUUGGUGUCCUCUCCAGCCAAGGGAGAAGAGAGUGUGGACAUGAGAGAAUCCCCUUGCGAUGACUGCGGGGACUGCCACCCCUUGGAACUGGUGGUGAAAGACAGCCAGAGUGGAGGCUCGACUGAUAGUGACUUCGCCACUCUGCCCAAACGCGUAGAGCCCAAGGUAGAAUUCGAUGCCGCUGAAGUUGAGGUGGAGGUGGGUGAACAGCUGCAGCAGUAUGCCGCCCCCCUGAGUCUGGCCCACAUGGAGGAAGCCUUGCCCAGCGGCCAGGCCAUGGACUUGGCUUACAGUAACUACCACGUGAAGCAGUUCCUAGAGGCGCUCUUGCGCAACGGUGCUGUCCCGAGCAAAGACGAGGCAGACCAUCACUUCCCUCGGGGUUUGGAGGGAAGACCGGAAGGUGCAGGGGUAGCUAUGAGUUCCAUGAUGGAUGUCCAGACUGACUGGUAUGGAGAGGACUCAGGUGACGUGUUGGUCGUCCCCAUCAAGCUGCACAAGUGUCCUUUCUGCCCUUACACUGCCAAACAGAAGGGCAUCCUCAAGCGGCACAUCCGCUCGCACACUGGCGAGCGGCCCUACCCGUGCGAGACCUGCGGGAAGAGGUUCACCAGGCAGGAGCACCUGCGGAGCCACGCCCUGAGCGUACACAGAUCUAACCGCCCAAUCAUCUGCAAGGGCUGCAGAAGAACCUUCACGAGCCACCUUUCUCAGGGGCUGCGGCGCUUCGGGUUGUGUGACAGCUGCACCUGUGUUACAGACACUCAUGAUGACGAUGACGAUUUGAUGCCCAUCAACCUUAGCCUUGUGGAGGCAUCAUCUGAAAGCCAAGAGAAGAGUGACACAGACAAUGACUGGCCAAUCUAUGUAGAGUCUGGCGAGGAGAAUGACCCCACUGGAGAGGAUUCUGAUGACAAACCACAAAUUCGAUCCAGUGCAUCAGAGCGGGAGACACUGACAUAGCAAUAAAUGGGUGGGGAAGACAUCUUAGAAUGCACUCUUGCUCAUUCUGCGGCAAAAGCCCCCAUUGGUUCAAUAUUGUGCAACCCUGGGAGGAACUUUUUUUGUUUUCAUUGUUAUUAUAAUUGCAUUUUUGUUAGGCUACCCAGUAGAGGCCGAAUUUUGUGAUUUAAGACUGAUAAUUUUAAAAAAUUUAUUUUUAUUUUAUUCAUUUAUUUAUAUGUGGUGCUGAGAAUUGAACCCAGUGCCUCACAUAUUUGAGGCAAGUGCUCUACCACUAAGCCACAACCCCAGCCCAAGACUGAUAACUUUUUAGUGUGGUACCCUCCGUUUCUGAGGGCUUUGCUGACCACUCCUUAAUUCUGAGUGAAUGGAGGGUAGCCCAAAGUUUUCCUGUUUUUCCUGCUGUGCAUCCCUCUGGUUAAGAGGAAGAUAAGAAAAUCCAGAUGCUUGUUUUCACAUUGUCCCAAUCCUCUGCAUCCCUUUUUAAACAUCCUUCUUCUCCAGUAGGCAAGACAUUAAGUUUGGGAUCAGUCUUCUCUUUGUCAAGCCUGUCCUAAAGAUUUCCACAUUUUAAUUUUCUGGCAAUGUAUUAAAGGGAAUGUUUCUUUGAUAUAAAACAGACUGACUGCAUGAUCAUAAAAGGUACUCCAAAACUAUAGUCUUAAAGACUGGGAGUAUUUGUGUGCAGAAAAGCCUGGAAAUGAACUGAAAGGUUCAUUAGGGCAUCCCACGUGCCCAGUUGAAUUAUAUUUUAUAAUAUUAUAUUAUAAUUCCCAAGAAGGGAGCUGUGAGUCAGGGCUGGGUGGUUUCCCUGUCUGGUUUGGUAUUCAGCAAUUCUAAACACACAAAUAACCUGUUCUGAGAUCAUAAAGCAAGUUACUUGGGCAAAACUCAAAUUGCUGCCCUACUUGUUCCAGCCAUUUCCAAAGGACAUCUCUAUGUAACACAGAAAUGAAGCUUCCCAUGACAUAUUUUUCAUUCUUUAACUUUGUCUAUGCCCAGAACUUUAAUUGGAAGGAAAUUAUAAGCCCAUCUAAACAAGUUCUAUUUCUGAAUCAUUUAUCUUUUUUUUUAGUUGUUGAUAUGAUAGACCUUUUUAUUUAUUUAUUUAUUUAUUUGCAUUGCUGAGAAACGAACCCAGGGCCUCACACAUGCCAGGCAAAUGUGCUACACUGAGCCUCAGCCCCAGCCCUCAUUUACCUUUUAAAAGACCCUCUCAAAGGAAAGAGAAUAUUAAUUGAACAGGUUUUGAAGCCAAUCUGCUUUUCAUCUACACUGCAGCUAUACAAUCAUUCUAACAAAAGAGGCUGAAUGUCUUUAAAGGGUUAAAGAGCAUACUCUUUAGGAGAUAUUAGGGACAAAGGAUGUACUUGAAUGCACUUUCAAAUUUUGUCUUAAAGUAUCCAAAAUGGAUUUUUUAAAAAUCCCUUUACCUUUAAUUUUUAUACAGUGUGUUUCAAAAGAUGUAAAAUCAACUUUUCUUUCUGCCUCUUGAACAAAAACAAAAAAUCAAGAGCAAGUGUAAAUUGUAAAUUGGCUUGUAGGUGUUGGUCUGGUUCUUGAAGGGUUAAAGAGGGCUUUUUUUAUUGUCCUUGUUUGUUUGUUUGUGGUGCUGAGCAUUGAAUCCAGGGCCUCUUGCAUGCUAAACAAGCACUCUACCAGACAGGACAGUCAGGAAUUAAGAGUAUAUAGAAAAAAAAAUUUUUUUUUUUUUUGUUCUGGGAUUGAACCCAGGGUGCUUUACCACUGAGCCAUGUCCCCAGCCCUUUUAUAUUUUAUUUUGGGACAGGGUCUUGAUAAUUUUCUUAGGGCCUCGCUAAAUUGCUUAGGCUGGCUUUGAACUCACACACACAAAAAAACCUUCUGCCUCAGCCUUCCAAGUUGCUGGGAUUAUAAAUGUGCAACUCCAUGCUGGGUUAGAAACUUUUAUAACACUUUGGUCUUGUGACAGCCACACAUGUGAUCAGUGGCCUAUUCUUCAACAGGGUAUGGGCCAGCUCAGGCAUGGCCAGCUGUGAGCCAUACUGUACAAAGACUGGAUACUAGGCCAUGCAAGCAGUCUACCACUAAGCCACAACACCAGCUCCUCAAAAAAAGGAUUUUCGCAAAAGAAAACAUUUUUUUUUUUUAGGUGUAGAUGGACACAACACAAUGCCUUUAUUUUUAUGUGGUGCUGAGGAUCGAACCUGGGUCCCGCCUGUGCUAGGGGAGCACUCUACUGCUGAGCUACAAUCCCAGUCCCGCAAAAGAAAACUUAGUGUUUAGACUUGUUUUAUAAGGACUUAUAUUUAAUAUUUUUAUUUUCUUUUUAAUUUAUUUCUGAUUUUUUUUUAGAUGGGGGUGGUCUCACUAUCUUGUCCAGGCUGGCGUUGAACUCAGGACCCUCCAGCCUUAGCCUCCCCCAAAACUGGGAUUACUAAUAUGUACUAUCACACCCAGUUUAUUUCUGAUGUUUUGUUGUUGUUGUUGGAGGGUACUGGGGAUUGAACUCAAGGGCACUUGGCCACUGAACCACAUCCCCAGCCCUAUUUUGUAUUUUAUUUAGAGACAGGGUCUCACAGAGUUACUUAGCACCUCACUUUUGCUGAGGCUGGCUUUGAACUCGGGAUACUCCUGUCUCAGCCUCCCGAGAUGCUGGGAUUACAGGCAUGUGCCAACAUGCCCGGCAAUUUCUAAUGUUUUAAUAUACUUUUCUGGGCUGGGGUUGUGGCUCAGCAGUAAAGCACUUGCUUAGCACAUGUGACGCCCUGGGUUCGAUCCCCAAUACCACAUAUAAAUAAAUAAAAUAAACGUAUUGAAAAAUACUACUUUUCUACCUCACAGUUCAACUUCUGUCUGCCUUUUCUGGGAGAGCCUUGAUUCUCUUCAGUGAUCCUGUAACCUAUUCAUAUCAUUGGGUAAAGUUUCAUUGUAAGACAUUGAUUUUCAAUUGAGAGUGAUUUUGCCCCACAGAGGACAUUUGGCAAUGUCUGGAGUUGUUUUCAGUUGUUAGGACAUGGGGCAGGGUGCUGCUGGCAUCUAAUAGAUAAAGACUAGGAAUGCUAAUAAACAUUCUACAAUGUGUAGGACAGUGGCCUCACAGCAAAGAAUCAUAUAGUUCAAGACAUCAGUAGUCAAGGUUGAAAAACUGUGGGUAUUUGACAGCUUGCUGUUGCUGUGAUACAAUGCCUGAGAAAAAACUUAAAAGGAGGAAAGAUUUAUCUUGGCUCACAUUUGGAGAUUUUAGUUCAUGGU